AUGGUGACGGCCAAAGGUAGACCUUCUGGCACGGCUACGACAAUGAUUGUGAUGGCACCGAUCACCAUGGUGGUGACCUCACUGGCCGCUUCCUUUGGCAUGUCUCUCCUGUCGACCUUGAUCUCGAUGAAGUAUUUGGGAAUGAUGAUGAGCAACAACAGGACGGCUGCAGUCAUACCAAACUUUCCAAUGUUGCCGGCAAGGUGGGCGAGCUUCUUCUGGAGUGGGGUGUCCUCGGACUCAACACGCAGGGACAUCAUGGUCUUGCCAUUGAAGGAGUUGACGCCGACUGCGGUAACCAUCAUCUUGCCAAAGCCCUCGAGAACCUGGCUUCCAGAGAUGAAGAAUGGAUCAUGGCCAUCAUUGCCCUUCUUGAUUGGAUUGGACUCGCCAGUAAUGGAUGACUCGUCACAAGAGAUUGAGUGGCCGUCGACG